AUGCAGUGGAUAGAGGUGGCAUACGCAACUCUGAUGAUUAGUUCCAGUUUGUGCUCCGUGUGUGGGAACACUGUACUGCUUCUCCUGCUGCUGUCUGACAGGAGCCUGCAGACGGAGACAUGGACCCUGACGCUCAGUUUCAGUCUGAGUGAUCUGGCACUCGGCCUCUCCACCGUCCCUUUCGGAGCCCAUAACAGCCUGUUCCGGCCAGAGGGAUACGCCAGCUCGAGUGCGCUGUGCCAGGGCAACGCCUUUCUUUUCCUGCUGCUCCAGUUGGCCUCAGUCCACUCACUCACCUGGGCCACCAUUGACAAGUUCACGGAGAUCUGCUUCGCUCUUAGCUAUGCACGAAUCUUCAAUGCCCGCAGAACCAGAGUGAUCCUCACCGUCAUUUGGGUCUAUUCACUGUUGAACGCAUCUCUGCCGUUGCUGGGCUUUGGAAGCUACAGCUACAGCAGCAGCAGGUUUCUCUGUGCUCCCAGUUUUGAGCCUGCCAACACUGGCUUCAAUAUGCUCGUCAUAGUAGUGGGAAUCAUUGUGCCCAUUUUGGCAAUGUGCUCCAUGUAUGGAUACAUAGUGUACAUAGCCAGGAAUCAAGUAAGACGAGGGACAUUUGUUUGUAACGAACACCACUGUUUUUAUGUUCCUGACAAUAAUUAUUUCAAGAGCUCCAUUGUCAUGGUGACAACCACAGUGUGUCUGCUCAUUUGCUGGCUGCCAUACAUCACCAUCUGCUUCUAUGAGACUCUGACAGGAAGAGAGAGCCCUCAACCCGCCUCCGCUAUAGCCACGUGGCUAGUGCUCUUCACCUCCACACUCAACCCGUGGAUCAACUCCAUGUCCCAGACGUAA